AUGGCACCUUAUGAGGCACUAUAUGGGAGGAAAUGCAGAUCUCCUAUUGGUUGGUUUGAUGUUGGCGAGACAAAGAUGCUAGGACCCGAAUUGGUGCAGCAAGCCGUAGAAAAGGUAGCCUACAAACUUGACUUGCCACCGGAAUUAGACGCAAUCCAUCCAGUAUUUCACGUUUCCAUGCUUCGCAAAUUCUUAGGUGAUCCUUCUUGCACCAGCCCUAUUGAGGAUAUUGAAGUUACCGAGGACUUGUCAUAUGAAGAAAUACCUAUUGCCAUUCUUGACUGUCAAAUCCGUAAGCUACAGACAAAAGAGGUGAUAUGCUUGAGACAAAUAUGGAAGGUGUUGCAAAGAUAUCAACCAGUGAUAGCUGAG